AUGGAUUUGUUGGUGCAACAAUCUGGGUCUUUCGCGAACGUGGGCUUUAUUCACAAGGAUUUGCACAAUUAUAUUCAAGCCGAGCGCAAAGUAGAAAUGAAGGAUGGUGAUGCGGAGUGUGCUUUGGCUUACUUACGUGCAAAAGCUGAUGCUGAUCCUUACUUCUUUUACAAGUAUGACAAGGAUCAAGAGAAUCGGCUUGACAAAUUGUUUUGGGCAGAUUCAAGGUCUCGCCUAGACUAUGCUGCAUUUGGUGACGUGUUGGUCUUCGAUACAACUUAUAAAACAAAUGCAUAUAACAAACCUUUUGUUAUUUUCGCCGGGGUCAAUAACCAUUUUGAAACCACCAUAAAGCUUGCUUGA